UACUACCCGAUCGUGUUGGCAGGAGCAUUAGGUUACGAUGACAUAGUAGAAAUAUUGUUAGCCAACAAUGCAGAUCCGUAUGUGACAAUAAACAACAAUAUGAAUGUAUUGCACGUGGCGGCUUCCGAAGGUGAAUGUGAAGUCAUCCGAGUUUUGCUGGAUAAAACUAAACUAUCCGUAGAUCAGGUUGAUUCAAAUGGUAACACGGCUUUGCUUUAUGCAGCAAAAAAUGCUCGAAUCAAAGCAAUAAAACUACUUAUUAAACAUGGCGCCGAUCUAGAUAUUCGAAACAAACAAGGUCAAAGUAUUUGGGAUUUCACUAUG